AUGGAGCAGUACAACAUUCUUGGGAGGAUUGGAGAAGGGGCUCAUGGGAUUGUACAGAAAGCAAAACACAUUGAGAGUGGAGACAUAGUUGCCCUGAAGAAAGUUUUACUGAGAAAUCCAGAAGAAGGGAUUCCAAACACAGCACUGAGAGAAAUCAAGGCACUUCAAGAAAUUGAAAGUAAUCCUUAUGUUGUAAAACUUCGUGAAGUAUUUCCUCAUGGGUCACUAAUUGUGUUUGUAUUCGAGUUCAUGCCAUCUGACCUUUCUGAAGUCAUACGCAGGGUAGACAACCCACUGACAGAAGCCCAGGUCAAAUCAUACAUGCUGAUGUUGCUCAAAGGAAUUGCCUACUGCCAUGAAAAUAACAUCAUGCAUCGGGACUUAAAACCUGCAAACUUGCUGAUAAGCUCGACUGGACAUUUGAAAAUUGCUGAUUUUGGCUUAGCCAGGGUGUUUCAGAACAACGGAGAUCGACAGUACAGUCAUCAAGUUGCCACAAGAUGGUAUCGUGCACCCGAACUGCUCUAUGGUGCUAGAAAAUAUGACGAAGGAGUUGAUUUAUGGGCUGUUGGAUGUAUUUUUGGGGAACUGUUGAACAACUCUCCCAUUUUUCCUGGAGAAACUGAUAUUGAGCAGUUGUGUCUUGUAGUCAAGGUACUGGGAACACCAAAUGAGAAUACUUGGCCGGGGAUGUCUGAACUUGAUCUACCAGACUUCCAUAAGAUCUCCUUCUCCAACAAAGCUCCGAUUCCCCUAGAGGAGAUUGUUCCUGAUGCUUCCAGAGAGGCUCUAGACCUUCUCAAGCAUUUCCUUGUGUACCCAAGCAGAGCCAGAAUAUCAGCAAACAAGGCCCUAUUGCAUCCAUAUUUCUUCACUGAGCCGCUUCCAGCCCAUCACUCAGAGUUGCCCAUCCCACAGCGGACAAGAGAACGAAGAGUCCAUCAGUACAACCUGGACUUGCCGUUGUCAGAAUCUCUAGUAGAUCCAGAACUUUUAGCCCAUGGACACAUCCACAGUUGA